AUGAGUGACAAUUCACCUUGCUUUCCAUUAUAUAGAAACAAUUUUCACCAAUCUACUUUCCACCAUCCUAAUGGUACCAUUCGUAACAUAAGAUCUUUAGAAGAUCAUAACAACAAUCAAUCUCAUCCUUCUUUUCAAAGAUUUACCGCUUUACAUCAGCAGCAACAGCACCAUCAUUUAUCAAAAGUUACUGGUAAAAGAAAAUCCGGUGAAGAUUCUGACGAUUCAAUGGGUGAACCAAGAAGCCCGCCUUAUUCUAGAAAUGAAAUGGAAAGAGAUAACGGUGGCAAUGGUAGCAACAAUAACAACACCAUCCAUAAAAGAACAAAGCUUGGUAACGAUAAAAACUUUCCUUUAAGUAAACUUUUAGCUACCCUUGACAAAUCUCAACUGUUGUCGUUAAUAAACAAUCUUAUUGAUUCACACCCUAAUCUUCAAUCAGAAAUUUCUUCAAAUGUUCCUAGACCAACAAUUCAUUCAGUAUCAACCGUUUUGGCAGGAUUGGAAAAAAGAUAUCACGAUAGUUUUCCUUACUCUAAAUGGGGUCAUCUUAAAGACGAUUAUAGUUUCAAUAGAGUUAAACCUGCUAUUUUGGAUUUAAAGGCCGCAAUUAUUGAUUAUGCUGAUCAUUUCACUUCUUCCGAGGAAUUUCCUACAAUAACAUUCUCAUUUCUUCACCUAGUAACUGAGAUUGCUCAUCGAUUACCUGAAUGGGAUAAUAGAUCACACAACGAGAUCAAACAUGAUCUUUAUUUGAAGUUGGUCGAGUAUUGGCAAAAAGCCACCAGAGAAGCUGCAAACAAAAUUAGCGAUGGGAAAAUAUACGGACAAACAGUUGUGAAUGAAUGGGCGAGAAAUCUUGAACAACAUAAUAAUAAUUCAAAUGGAAUUUUUCAACAAACAUUGAACGAGUUUAUUGAGAAACUUGGAUGGAUUAUUGGUGCAUCACCUAAUUCUCCUUUCCUUACAUCAUCUGGAAAUGGUGGGAUGAUCGGAAAUCAUCACCAUAGCCAUAAUCACCACCAUAGUAGUAAGUAUGAUGCAGUAGCUGUGUAG